ACUUGCGAGUUGAUGACCCAAUACUCGGCGCGGCGAAGACUCAGGCUACCCGCGAUCAUACUAGUGCAACUAUCGGCUUGCUGGCUGGCUAUUAGCCGCGCUGAGUAUCAGCCAGCCGCUCGCCGUCACAGCUGCCUCGCAACACUGAUACACGAAUUUCUGGCCAAUGUACAAAGCCAGAUUCCCUAACUAAUCUCACAGGACAAACGCGCCUCGGCAAUGUGGAAGCUCCGAUCCGUCGUUGACUCAGCCUCGCCUGUUUUGCUUUGCUUCUUUGUGGCUGUAGCAGCUGCUGCUCAAGGAUCUACCACCAGUGGCCGGAAAUGGCAAACACUCACCGGAAAUGCUCCUUUGGUCAUAGCAAGAGGCGGAUUUUCAGGAGUGUUUCCUGAUUCAAGUUCUCGUGCAUAUCAAUUUGCCGUGCAAACUGGUUUGGCUAAUAUGCAUGUUUGGUGCGACGUUAAACUCACCAGAGAUGCAUUUGGAAUCUGCUUUCCCAACAUCAGGCUGGAAAAUUCAUCCGAUAUUGCUAAUGUUUACAGCCAGAGGAGGAACACAUACACAGUAAACGGAGUUUUACUACAGGGAUGGUUUCCUCUGGAUUUUACCCUUAAGGAGCUCGCAUCUGUCCACUUGCAACAAGGAAUUUAUGCACGAACCCCCAACUUCGAUGGCACUUCGAAACUUCUUUCUGUUGAUGAUGUAGUUAGCUUAACAAGGCCAGCUCCGUUAUGGUUAAAUAUUCCGUAUGCUACAUUUUUUGGUGAGCAUAAUCUGAGCAUGAGGAGCUUUCUUAUUUCUGCAUCCAGACUAAUGAAUAUUAGUUGUAUUUCUUCACCUGAGAUUGCCUUUUUGAGGAGCAUUUCGCCUCAUUUCAAAAAGAGCGCAACCAAGCUCGUGUUCCAGUUUAUCGGGCCAGAUGAUGUCGAGCCCUCAACCAAUCAAACUUACAGCUCACUUGUGAAGAAUCUUGCGUUUAUCAAAACCUUCGCCGCUGGAAUUCUAGUUCCCAAAAACUACAUAUGGCCUGUAGACCGCAGCCUAUACCUGCAUCAUUACACCUCUCUUGUAUUGGAUGCUCAUGCAGCAGGUCUUGAAGUUUUUGCAUACAAUUUCAUGAACGAUGUGCCAUUAAUACCGUAUGAUUACAGUUAUGAUCCGGUGGCUGAGGUUCUCUCUUUCAUUGACAAUGGAAAGUUCUCUGUUGACGGCGUGCUGUCUGAUUUCCCUUUAACUCCAUCUGCUGCCAUAGAUUGCUUCUCACAUUUGGGCAAGAAUGACUCGGUGAAAGCAAAGUUUUUGAUACUGUCUUCGGAGGGAGCCAGUGGAGUCUAUCCCGGCUGUACAGACCUGGCCUACACGAGAGCAGUAUCCGACGGCGUAGAUAUUCUCGACUGUCCUGUCCAAAUGACAAAAGAUGGGAUACCAUUUUGCUUGGGAUCCAUCAAUCUCAAAGACAGGACAAACGUUGCCGAGACGAAGUUCAGCAGCAUGAGAACAUCCAAUCCAGAUCUCAACAUAUCCGAUGGAAUCUUCACCUAUGAUCUCACAUGGAACCAAAUUCAGAGGUUGAAGCCUGCGAUGGCCAAUCCGUUCUCAAACUAUAUUCUCUUCCGAAAUCCAAGAUACAAGAAUCGUGGAAAGCUGAUGCAAUUAUCCGAGUUCUUGUCGUUCGCAAGCAACUCAUCGUCUCUCCCGGGAGUUCUGAUCAGCAUUGAGAAUGCUUCCUACCUCGCCGCAAAGCAGGGGCUUCACAUAGUCGAUAAAGUUUUAGAAACUCUACGCGGAUAUAAACAUCAAGCAGGAAAGAGGGUCGUGAUUAAAUCAAGCGACCGCGCCGUGUUAGAAAAGUUUAAGAGCUACGAGCGUUCUUACAUAAUCAAGGAGGAUAUCGACGACAUCUUGAUCAAUUCGACCAUAUCGGAGAUAAAAAAAUUUGCCAGCUCAGUAGUCUUCUCGAAAAAGUCUGUCUUGCCUACCAACAAUGCUCUUUUCCUCACCGGCAAGACUGCUGUUGUUCCGAAGCUCCACUCCUUUAAAAUUCCGGUCUACGUGCAGUUCUUCCACAAUGAAUUUGUAUCUCAGGCGUGGGACUUCUUAUCCGAUCCGUAUGUGGAGAUCGACACGUUCGUCUCACUCGCCGGAGUCGACGGCGUCGUGACGGACCACCCGGCCACGGCUGCUAAGUUCAGACGAAAUCGAUGCCUUGGGUAUGAGAAAUUACCACCGUACAUGACGCCUGUCCAGCCUGGAAGUCUUCUUUCACUGAUUCCAAAUUCAAGUAUUCCUACAGCAGCGCCGCCGCCGCCGCCGGCGGACGUGGUGGAAUCUCUGCUCCCUUAUGCCUUGCUGUCCUGAUCUGAUAAUCCAUUGUAAGUAAUGGUAUCAUUUUCAUUUUCAUUUUCGUAAUUAAACUACUGUUUAAUACUACUGUCUCAA